AUGGCAGAGGAAGAGGGCAGUGUGGAGGAGGAGGAUGUGUUCCUAGCAUUCGCCCAGGGUCCCACUCCUCCUCGGGGGCCCCUGCGGCGUGCUCUGGACAAAAUCUUUCUCACCUUCCUGGUCCUCUUCCUGACUCUGCUGAUGCUGGAGGCUGCUUACAAGCUGCUGUGGCCCCUGCCAUGGGCGACGUUUCGGGACUGGCUCCUGCAGACACCCGAGGAGGAAGGGGCGCUAGAACUCUGAGCGUCGUCCUGUAGACACCCCGUCUUUGCGACUGAGGUGAGAAAAGGAGACUUCAGAGAGACUGGGGUGGGAGGGAUAGCUUAGGCCAACAUUCUAAGA